GUCAUCAAUGAAGUUGACCAUCUCGGAUGACAGGCCAGAAUAAUCACCAGCUAGAAAGCAAAUGUGACCUCUCACCUAUAACCUCUUCCUGGUUCGUUUGUGACAUUGGCCGAGGAAAUGGCUGUCGAGGGUUGAGGGAGGUGAAGAGCGGGGUGAAGCUGGGCUUUUCCAGCAUGAAACACCGGCCUCAGAAUGACAGGAGACAUUCGGGUCAGAACUCUGGAGCACUGUACAGACCAGGGAUCCUAAACAGCCAAGCAGGAAGAGGAUCUGAAAUGCAGAAGGAAUUUGUCACCGCGCACACAGGCAUCAGCCAUCACCAUGCGCAGCCAUUAAAUGGAACUGUAGGAGAAAUCAUGGAUUCACGUCCUGCUUUAUUUGUUGGGACUCCAGAGAGUGUGUUGCAUCCUUCCAAAGAAGCGGAAGUUCAAAUCCAGGUGGAUGCAUCUGAAGACCAGAGCAGCAGACUUGGGGCAGGUGUCCAGCAUGCAAAUUCUUCUCAUUCAAACUUGCAUUCGCAUUCACAUUAUCAUCCCAGGUCGGAGGGUCCUGCUGGAGAAAGUUCUGAACUAGAUGACAGGGAACCCACCAGCUCAAUUUCAGAACUUCGGUACAUCUUUCUAUGGCUUCAGAAGAGCCUCCCGUACAUUCUUAUCCUUUGUGCCAAACUGGUUUUCCAGCAUGCAUUAGGUAUUGCAGUCGGUGUCGGACUGUGCAUAACUUUCCUUUAUGCAAACAAGAUAAUUAUAAAUCAGGUCUUCCUCCAGGAGCGGCGUUCUAAAUUACAAUGUGGUUGGUUGGUCGCAUUUCUAACAGCCUCCACCCUUCUCCUCUUUGACACUUUUCGGUCCCAGUCACUUUUCUACAGCUUAAUCUUCCUGCAUCCCAAUGUCGAUCCUGUCGAAUUUUGGGAUGUGCUAUGGAUCGUGGGAACUGCAGACUUCAUAUUGAAGUUCCUCUGUAUGGGGUUCAAGAGCCUUAUCCUAUUGGUGCCUUCGCCACUGAUGUCAUUCAAAUCGAGGGGUCAAUGGUAUAUGGUUAUUGAAGAAGUGAGUCAGUUUCACCGCUCACUCGUGCCCUUGCCAGUUUGGUCUUGGUACCUGCUUGGUAAUAAAGAAUCAGAUGGUUUUGCGAUCUGGAGUCUUGGUAUUCUGCUCGGUUUGUUCUACCUCAUACUCAAGCUCCUUGGAAUUUAUGGUCGGUGGAGCAAUUUCAGGAGGGCUCUGAAAACUUUGAUCCACAAGCAGCACUACGGAACUGCAGCCAGCAAGCUUCAGUGCAGUGAUGCAGGAGACAUUUGCCCCAUCUGCCAGACAGAAUUCAGAGAACCUAUUCUCCUCGUCUGCCAGCAUAUAUUCUGUGAGGAGUGCAUCUCACUCUGGUUCAAUCGAGAAAAAACUUGCCCCUUGUGUCGGACUGUCAUCUUGGACUACAUUCAGGCCUGGCGAGAUGGUGCAACUUCUACCCAUCUACAAAUUUAUUAAUCAGCUGAUCGAGUCCCUUCAAUGGCCAACAGCAUUGAAAUAGGACAAUGUACGAUUAAGAUUUUCUAACAAUUAAAUACAAAGGAGAGUUUUUUUUAAAAAAAGGAACAAACUUUUAGUAAUAAAAACCACUUAAAGAUAAAUGCUUUAUUUUGUUAAUGGACAUCAUUUGACAAAUCAAAUAUUUUGAUUUACGAUUGCUGAAACUUGUAUAUUAAAUGUACUCAUUUAUUAAGUUUAUUAAGCCUCUCAAUGCUCCUUUCCAAUUCCAAAUUGGGAAUACUGUUUUAAACUCAUUAUUUGAAUUUUGACUAGAUUUUAUCUUUAGAUGCCAAACAAUCAGGCUUUGGGUUCAGAUUUUUUUACUGUAUUACUCUAAUUCAGGAGGGGGGAGGAAAUUGUUGUGAACAUACUCCUUCAACCCUGGAUAAUUACUGAAUGUUUCCAUGUCCUAAUAGUUCAUUCAAUACCAUGAAUAUCUCUGCAUUUUCUUUUGAAGAAUUCCUGACUAACCAAGGAAGUCUUGUUGAAAAUUUCAGGCCACCAGACUGGUAAGGCAAGUCAAUUUGUGUUAAAACAGUUGAUGCAGCAUCACGGAGAGCCUACCCACACCAAGUCACAAAGACAUGGAGAUGUUUAUUUUAUUAGUAAAAAGAUUAUAUUUUGGGAGAAAACUUUCAUUCCAGUGGCUUGUCAUCCAGGACAAAAAUAUAAUGAACUUAUAGUUAUGGAAACAAAACUUCUUCCUCGAGUGAGAUGAUGUAAUUUUAUAAGAAAUUGUGUUGGAUGAGUCUAAGUUAUAAAUGUAACAAACUACUGUCUGAUGAUUAAAGAAAGGGUUUAAUUGCAAGAGAGUAAAAAGAGCAUUAUGUGAAAGUAGAUAUUUAACAAGAGUUCAAACUCUUGCAAGUAAACCAGAGUAAUAUAAUCCAUAAUGUAGAAAGGCAGAUUGCCACUUAUAUGGAAAGAUUUGGAGGGUUAGAUGUGUGUGAGAGUAGCUUUCAUAAGAUCAUGAAAUUGACAGUGCAGGCAGAGGUAUUCAGCCCAUCACAGCAAUGCCAAGUUUGUGUUACUCAGCUUAGAGUUACAAUGCUGGACAUCAAUAACUGGGUAAGCCCAAUACCAAAUCACCUUCUCAUUUUCCACCAAAAAAAAACACCUCUACCUCUCAGUAUCAUCAAUCAAUUCAGUAGGAGGGCAAUGGGUCGAUGGAAUAAAAGAAAAAUGGCAGUCUAAGAUUUGCCUUCAGAUAUAUUCACAGAACAAUUUUAAAGCAAUCGAAUCAUGAUAAGCAUAAUUGAAAGCAGUUUUAUUUUGUAUUAAUUGAGAAACUGAAAUGUAUCAUUUUAGAAUGUGUUAAUUUAUUUUGAACAGUCUUGAGUUUACUUCUCUAAUAAUGAAGAGAAGGAAUGAGAAGAGAGGCAACAGCCAAGGUUUCUGCAAUUUAAUCACUAUCCAUUCAUCUCCCAAGUGCACCUGUGGAUUUGGGUGAAGAUAUCCUAUCUCUCCAAUAAUGUUUUAUAUUUACCAAGGCUGGGCCCUCACUUGUCCUCCUGGAAUAUACCAAAAAAAGCUCUUUGCCAGAUUCUCUUGAACAGGUAAAGCUAUGCCACUAUAGAGAUUUUGGCUUCAUAGCAGUUUCACAAAACAGAUGGCAAUUCUCUAUAUUCAGGGCCCUUUCUGCCUCACCCAGCAACCUCAGACCACCACUUUCAGAAGGCCACCUCACCCCACAUGCAGUUUAACCUCAGUGGUGCUGUCAGGCUGGGCCUGAAGAAGUGCUCAGGUGAUCAAUAAGCAGUAUUACUACUUGUCUGAAAUGUGUAGUACAAGAGUAUUGGGGGCUGGACUUGCUGGAUUAUUUAUUGUCUCCUGUCCCAGUUGAAAAUCCUGUGCUUCAGAGAAUGACUUUACUGUGUCUGGAUUUUGUUCCCACCCUUUCCCUGACAUUGAAGAAAAGUUUUAAAACACCAUACUGCCUUAUAGAGUUGUUGUUAUAUAAUGAGCCAGGAAUUUACAUACUCACAUGUAGUUUCAUAUAUUCAUGAUUGAUUCUUACAUUUUUAAUAACUGCUACAAGAGUUUAAGUAUCACAUGCAGUUUCUCUUUUUUUAAAAAUAAAUAUAAAACCUCAAUAUUGCUCAUACUGAGAUUUAAAGGAAAGGUAUUGGAUAAAGAAAAUGUGGAAUCAUCAAUAAAAUCUUAUGCUAAAUAUUGCCACCUGUGUCACUGUAUUGAGGUGAGAUCCCCUCUGUCCCCUCUCCCUCAGGGAAGCCCAAUACUGCUGGUGGAUCUGUUUAAAAGUUUGAGUAGAGAUUUUUUUUUUAAAUAAAUGUUUUAAAGUAUUCACUCCCACCUAUGUACCCCAUCAAUGUCCUAAUUGAGGUAGAUCCUUUGAGUAAUUGCAACCUAACAGGCAGAGGGCUUGCUCCUUGUCACAGGAGCGCCAUUCGAACCAGACAGGAUAAAUUAGAUGCUGCUGGCUGUGAACAGAUUGUGUAGCUCCCACAUCGCAGCACUUGCAUUCCUAACAGGCUGUGGGUCAAAAACAAGAAUUCAAUCUGUAUUUUUACUAGAUUGACUUAUGGGUUGUGAUUCAAUUUCAGUGAAAUCAAAUUAAAUCACUAGCCAAUAAAUUGUUAUAAUUACUUUGGAUGAGUUGGUUUUCUUUCAGAUUUGUUUUGGGUUUAAGUAACUUCGUUCAGUGUUUGUGGUUUUUAAAUUUGGUUUCUCCUACUUGGUAAAAUCCAUGUUGUAAGGGAAAUAUGAAAUGAAUAUUCUUUCCCUUUCCAAGUCUCAUUUAGAUUUUAAGAAUUAUAAAUAAAAUGAUUUAUCUGGCAA